ACACAAACAAAAAUCUACUUUUUCUCCAUAGGUAAGUGAUUUCAUUGUGGAACCUUAAUUUGUCUUAGCUUAGACGGAUCAAAUUUUUUGAUAUUAAUACGUUUCUUUAAAUCGCCGUCGUUGUUAGCAUAAUAUUUUCGAAGUCAAGCCCGUGUGCUCUAAACAAGACAUUCGAGGUUAAAAGUACAGUUCCGUUUAGUGAGCCUUUCACGGUAGAUCCUGAGAAUCCUCCACCGGAGCAAGACUACAAUGAUUAUUUCAAGAAUCUGAAAGAUGGAAUCACCGGUAAAGAAGCUUUUGAACAGAGCACUGAAAUUGAAGGCUGCUAAAGGUGCUUUCGAUACCAGUCUUGACAAUGGUAUUGAUUUUUUCGAUACCGCUGAAGUUUAUGGUUCCAAGUUUUCUCGGGGUGUUAUAAGGUCUGAAACUCUUUUAGGAAGGUUCAUCCGUGAGAGAAAAGAGAGAUUUUACGGAGCUGAGAUUUCAGUUGCAACAAAGUUUGCUGCAUUGCCAUGGCGAUUGGGUCGUGAAAGUGUUAUCACUGCCCUUAAAGAUUCCCUUUCCCUGCUCGAGCUUUCAUCUGUAGAUCUCUAUCAACUCCAUUGGUAUGUACCCUAAUUCAUCUUGGAAUUUUUACAAGCUACUUGAGGAAGAUUAACUUAAACAGAGUCUUACAAUCGACAUUAUGCUUUCCUCUGAAUUCCCUGUAAGUUUUUUGGCAUGCAAUGAAAUUUAUGUUGGAGU